AGGUGUUGUUAUGGAUCGUGAAGGAGUUUGAUUGAUUCCAGUUCCGGUGGAUAUUCUGAAGAUAUCUAACUGAAGGAAUGUCAAGGAGUGGUACUAGGAGACGUACUGGUACUAGGAGAGGUGGUACCUGAAAUGGUGGUCCUAUUGAUGGAGAUGAGCCACAAUUAGAAAAUCAGACUGUGAAUGUGAAUAUGGCACAACUGACCCAGUUAAUAGCCUAAGAAGUCGCUGCUGCUGUUAUAAACCAAAAUGUUGGACAAGUCAACAAUCAGCAAAACCAAGGGUCGCCUGCUGAAACUGAGGAAAAUAGGUAUAGAAAGGUUCAGUUUCAGUUUAAGAAGUUGAACCCGAAAGAGUUUUUUGGAAAGUCUGAUAACCCGAUGAUAUCCCAUGAAUGGAAGGAUGAGAUGGUCAAGAUUUUUAGGGCCAUAGGACCUUCUUGCACAGAAGUCUUCAAGCAGAGAUUAGCUACCUUUGAGCUCACUGGAUAUGCUCAUACUUGGUGGACUUCAGCUUCACGUGGAUUGGAUUAUGCCACCAUGAUAUGGACAGGAUUCAUUCGAAUGUUUGAUGACAAGUAUUUCCCUCAGAGUAUUCGAAAUGCUAAGGAGAGAGAGUUUCUUUCAUUUAAGCAGGGUACUUUAUCUGUUACAGAGUAUGAGAUUGAAUACUCCAGAUUGUCGAUGUUUGUACCUCACUUGGUGGAUACUGAAGAGAAAAAUAGACGUAGGUUUGUUCAUGGUCUGAAUGUUGUUUAUCAGAGGCAUAUUGUUGCAAAUCAUAUGAUUGACACAUAUGUUAGGGCUUUUGAAUGUGCCAGAGAGCUUGAGCAAGAUUUCUUGGCUCAUAAGAGGGAUGAGGAAUACUUGAAGAAGGAAAAUAAGGUUGACCGUGCAUCAAAAGCUUCGUCAAGUCAACAUGGAAGUGGUAAGAACCAGCAGUCCCAGAAUAUCACUCAACAAGGUGGUCAGCCAGGGAAGAAAAGGAAGGGGCAUUGGAAUCAAGGGAAUCAUGGUCAGAAGGAUGGAGGCACCAAAAGAGCAGUAGUGUCAGCCGAAGGUGAGGCUGUUGGCGCUAAACCAAUUAAAUUUUUUUAUGGGUUAUGUUAUAACUGUCGAGAAAGGGGUCACAAGGCAUUAAAAUAUACCAAUCAGAAGGUUCGAACAACAUACAGGCGUGAACAGGCAAACACUGGGGUUGCCAACCGUAAUGUGCAGCCUCGUGGCCAAGGUCAACUCUUUGUUGUGCAACCUUCUGAGACAGAGAAUGCUACUUUGGGAGGUACCUUCUUUAUUUUAGGAGAGCCUGUUAGUAUUUUAUUUGAUAAUGGAGCUACUCAUUCUUUUAUUUCUGCUAAGUUAGUUCGCAUGGUAAAUCUUUCUAUGAAAGUGUGUGAUUUUCCUUUACAUGUUGCUACUCCUACGAGUAGUAUGGUAGAGUUGAGUAACAAGGUUGAUGCUUGUCCUAUUAUGAUUGGAGAUGUUGAGCAUUUGGUGGAUCUUUAUGUGUUAGAGAUGGUUCCUUACAAUGUGCUAUUAAGAAUGGAUUGGUUGUCUUUUAAUUUUGUGCAAUUGGAUUGUGCUGUAAAGACAAAUAAUUUUGCGAAGCCGGGUCAAUCUAAGAUUGCGAGUAUACAUGUGGUAUCUGAUUUUUCGUAUUUGUUCCGAGAGGUUCCUGGGUUACCUCCAAGUAGGCAAGUAGAGUUUCGCAUCGAACUCCAACUAGGUACAACACCUAUUGCUCGUGCUCCUUAUAGAAUGGAUCCAAAGGAAAUGCAGGAAUUGAAGUCUCAGAUAGACCAACUUUUAAGUCAAGGAUUUAUUAGACGUAGUUCUUCACCACGGGGUGCUCCUUUUAAAGGGGCUAUAUGGUUUUCGAUGAUCGACUUGCGGUCAGGCUAUCAUCAGCUUCUUGUUAGAGAUCAAGAUAUUUCUAAGACUGUAUUCCUGACACGUUAUGGUUCUUAUGAGUUUCUGGUGAUGCCUUUCGGGCUUACGAAUGCACCAGCGGUUUUUAUGGACUUGAUGAAUCGAGUAUUUAGAGAUUUUCUUGAUCGGUUUGUUAUUGUUUUUAUCGAUGAUAUUCUUGUAGUUUCUGUAGACCCUUCCAAGAUUGAAGCAGUAUUGAGUUGGAAACAACCUACAACGGUUUCAGAGAUUCGAAGUUUUCUUGGUUUAGAUGGAUAUUACUGUCGUUUUAUUAAGGAUUUUUCUCGAAUUUUGGGACCACUUAUUAAGCUAACUAAGAAGAGAGAACCGUUUGUUUGGGAUUUUAAGUGUGAGGAUGCUUUUCAGGAGCUUAAGACUAAGCUUACUUCGGCACCAGUUUUGACGUUACCCGAAGAAGGAAAGGAGCUAGUGGUUUACACGGAUGCCUCACUUCUAGGAUUGGGAUGUGUUUUGAUGCAGGAAGGUAAGGUUAUUUCUUAUGCAUCUAGGCAAUUGCAUGUUCAUGAGAAGAAUUAUCCAACCCAUGACUUGGAGUUGGAAGCGAUAGUUUUUGCUCUGAAGUUGUGGCGUCAUUACUUAUAUGGCGAGAGAUUUGAGUUUUUCACUGAUCAUAAGAGUCUCAAGUAUCUGUUUUCGCAGAAGGAUUUGAAUAUGAGACAACGUCGAUGGAUGAAGCUCAUCAAUGAUUAUACUUUUGGCUUACAAUAUCACCCUGGCAAGGCGAAUGUUGUAGCUGAUGGCUUGACUCGAAAACCAAGGGGUUUGUUAGCUUCCAUGAUGGUGGAACAGUGGAAGAUGUUGGAGACAGUUGCCGAGUUUGACUUAGACGUCAAGAAUUCUUCUACUUCACAAGCAUUUUUGGGCAAUCUUGUGGUACAACCUGCACUUAUUAGCCGUAUCAUCCAGGCUCAAUCCAAGGAUGGUUGGUGUGUGAACUACUUGGAGUUGGAGACUUAA